GAUGGCAGGUAGUUUUUUUUCAGGGAAUUCCGGCAAAGCUCAACUAACAGGUGUCAGUGUGCUGUGUUGCACCUAUGCAGUGCAGAGUCAGUGUUCCCGGCGCCAAUGUCCGCGCUGGAUCGAUGGACCUGAAUCAAUAAGAUCCUGGUGACGGUUCAUUUGGGCGGCUACCACUUUACAGACAUGGGUAUGGAUCAAUACCUAUUAAUACCAUGUUUAGGGGGAUGAACAUCCAUUUACCAGCUAUUUUGAUGUUCACCAGGGGUACAAGGUUUUGACACACUGCCACAUUCAGAGAAUCUUUUUGCGGGUGCCUUCAUUGAGCAGUCUGCAUUGCUCCCUGGUUGCCACUUUUGGCUUAGAAGGACUUGUAGAGAUAGGCCGCAGCGAGGCCCAAGGUCGGUGCAUGAGGCAUGUCAACCUUUGAUGGCUUGUCUCGGGAAGAGCUGAUGCAAAAGGUGGUUGAGCUGCAAACCGGUUUGGCCGAGCUUUCAGAAAAGGUAGACACCGUGAAAGGUGAGAACACACAGCUCAGAGAGGAAAAUAAUGUUCUCAAGGACUACCUCAACAAUUUGAUGGCCAAGGUGGGAAAGAUGCCGAACCUUGGUACCACAGCGCCGUCCAAGGUCAUGCUACAGCAGAACCCGGAUGGGGCGCAAUCUGUCAAGGUGAACGACCACAUUGGAGAGCUUACAGCCCCGGCGGUGGACGACUGAAGGUGACCUCUGCCGCCGCGCGGGCACAAUUCACUGGCACCCAAAAGCGGUGAGGGUUGCCGCAGCCGGUGGCGGAGUAGCGCACAUGAAACCGCGCAGAAACA